AACACUGAAAGUGAACCGAGACGGGACUACACAUCAUCAUCAUCCCCCCACACACAAACCAUUGUAUAGCAUUAGCGAGUUCCCGAACUUAAAUCCACCGAGACACCCGUAAAUAGACGGAGAUGUGUGCCUGCGUUUGGAUGAUAUGAGUUUCCAGGGAAGUUGGGGACAGCUGUUGUGUUCUCGGGUGGCCACCGGGCGCCGCGAUAGACAAAGACCCCCAGAGAGCCUCAGACACUUGUAUUGUCUACCGGAGUUUGGACAUAUGCGAAUGAAUCUCUCCGGUUGUAAAAAGUUACCCCCCCCUCGAGUUAAUGUCGCCCGUCUGCCAUGUGCAACCCCGAGCCGGGCUUUGUUCUGGUCGCAGUUCAGGUUGGGGCAACCGGCGAUGACGUUGCCGACGCGAGUGGCGAAGGAAAGCGAACGUGAGCGUUCAGGAGUUUACGCUGUGAUCCCCAUGCCCUCCGUGAUGGAGCGCUCGGGGUCCGGGGUCCUGUCCAGGAGCAGAGCCAAGACCGUAACCAACGGCAACAGCCUACCACACUCUGAAGAGGAGAGCAGCGACGAAGAGCAUGCUCAUGACAGUAUGAUCAGAGUGGGAGGAGACUACCAGGCUCAGAUACCAGAGUUCAAACCAGACAGUCCAACCCGCUACAAUGAGAAGGACCAGAGGAGCAUGUUGGUCUGGUGUCCCAACAGUCUACUUUCUGAUGCAAUGUUGGACGAGUAUAUCCUGAUGGCUAAAGAGAAACAUGGCUACAACAUGGAGCAGGCUCUGGGCAUGUUAUUAUGGCACAAGCACGAUGUGGAGCGCUCCCUUGCUGACCUGGCGAACUUCACCCCCUUCCCAGAUGAGUGGACGGUGGAAGAUAAAGUGCUGUUUGAGCAGGCCUUCAGCUUCCAUGGCAAGAGCUUCCACCGCAUCCAGCAGAUGCUUCCUGACAAGCUGAUCUCCAGCCUUGUGAAGUACUACUACAGCUGGAAGAAGACCAGGACCAGGACUUCUGUCAUGGACCGACAGGCCAGGAGGCUGAUCAGCAAGAGGGAGAAAGAAGAUAGUAAUGAUGAAAUUGAGGAAGCAGACCCUGGCAGUGACAGUGACUUUGAGAUUGACACCAAGAAAGAGGCAGUGAAACAAAACCCCAACAACGCCAACACUGACAAGGCGACCCCCAGUCGCACCGGGCCCGUGAAGAAGGAAAAUCUCGGGGCUCAGUACCGCCAUCACCCGCUCAGAGCUCGCCGCAGGCCACCCAAAGGCAUGUACCUGCAGCAGGGAGACAUCGUUACUGUGUCGGCCUCCCAAGAUGCCGGGGUGCACACUUUACGAAACCUGGACACGCAGUUGGUGUCACUCAAGAGACAGGUCCAGUCUAUUAAACAGAACAACAGUAGUUUAAAGCAGAGCUUAAAUGAAGGUGUUGACACUUUUAAACCUGCUGAGCCUGUCCCUAAGAUGAACUCUCGUUGGACCACAGAGGAGCAGCUCCUGGCUGUGCAGGCUAUCCGUCGCUAUGGUAAAGACUUUGCAGCCAUCGCUGAGGUGAUCGGGACCAAGACGCCAGCUCAGGUGAGCUCGUUCUUCGUGAGCUACCGGCGCAGGUUCAACCUGGACGAGGUGCUGAGGGAGUGGGCGGCCGAGCAGGUGGCCACCAGCCGAGACCAGAGAGACGCCAGGAGGAGCGGCGAGGACGUGGCAGAUGGAGCAGCUGAGGAGGACGAGGUCAAAAUGGAGGACUCUACCACAGACAUCACCGGCGGCUCCUCUCCUCCCUCCUCCGCUCAGACCACUUCCUCCCUCUCCCAGCCUCCUCCACUGCUGCGCCCUGCACCUCCCUCGGCUCCUCCUAGCCUCCUCCGGCAGCCCCCUCCUCUGCAGACGCGUCCACUCCAGAACCGAGCGCCCCACAACCACCCCCCGCCUCCGCUCAUCCGGCCCGCUGUGACCACCUCCUCCACCUCUACCGGGAGCUCCAGCCUCAGGGCUUCUCCUCCCAGCUCCUCCUCUGCUGCGGGGCAGAUGCCCCCUUCGCUGGUCGGGCUCAAAGUGGAGCAGCCCAACUCUCAUUGAUGUGUUAACACACACAUACACACAAAAACACACACACACACACACACACAUAACUAUAGGAAUAGAAACACACACAAAUUAGCAUGAAAACAAACACAAUGCUUUCUCUUCUCUCCAGAGAAAGUUCCUUCACCCUGUAACUCCAUCACUGCUCGUCUUUGUUCGUGGGACCAUUACACGUCACAUGACCACUCUAUCAUCAAACACGCUCAGGUCCCCAAGGUGACAUCACAACUCCUAAAAUGCAGGAAGAGUGUAAGGACCUUGCCCCCCCCGCAGGUCUACUUAGAAAGGCAGUGGCCUAAAGCCCCUUUACUGUACUAACAAACACCUACCUCCAGACCGUCGUUCUCUAGUGCACACACACACACACGCACACACUCUCUCUCUCUCUCUCUCUCUCUCAACAAGCUAGGAACUCAAAACAAACACUACCUGCACACUUCUGAACAACACAAAAAGAGACAUUGGAUUGUCAAGCUGUUGAAGAAAACCAUGACCGCAGAGAGCAAAACCCACCUGCUCGUUUCCAUGGCAACUGCUGAACAUCUGGAUUGGAGGAGUGUGGUUGAACACACACACACACACUACAUAUCUUCUCUUUACUGUAGGUUGCACUGGGCAGGUAUCAAGUGACUCAAACAACCUUCAGGGAAAUGAAAUAAUGAAAGAAGAAGACUUUCCCUCACGUGAGCCAGGAAGUCAUGCGGAAGGGCGUCACUCAAGAAACUGCCCUUUUCCUUUUGAGCUUUGCUUUAAAACUUGAACCCUCUUAGGAGUGAAAAAGGUACUUUUGCAAACGGACCAAAAUGCCGGUGCCGAGUUUACUGAUUAACUUGCUUUUAAUAGUCAAAGCCGUUUGCUCAGAAAUGGGAAAAACCGAAGAGCAAGAGAUCAUGUCUCCCUCUUCUCUCAUAGCCAUGUGUUACUAGUAUUAACUGGAGUGAUGUUUUCCCUUUUUCUUUGACUAGACUUUUAAAGUGAGCCUUAGGCAGGUAGUUAGUUAUUGUAAGUAGUUUAGAUAGUGCAUACUUUAUUAUGAUGAUUAUUGACUUAGCACUAAGGAGUCAGAGCCGGUUAAUACACCGCUUGUUCCUCACUGGCGCCAACUGUUCAUUACUGUUGAGGAACGUUUUCAGAAGUCCACCUUUGGCCUCUGUGGAAAAUAUGUGUCGAGGACAGAUGUUUUUUUUGUUUGUUUUUUUAAGCGGGUUUACAAGGGAAGGGGACGCCUCACCUUGCAGAUAACCUUAAAUAAAAUGUUCAGCCAAAGUCUGCUAUUGCUUUAAAAGCUCAUCGUUCCACAGAAUUCCCACGUCUCCAAUUAGCUGCUGAGCAUCAAAGAUGAGUGUUUGACAUGUUACUGUGUGGGCUUGCUUCCUACGUGGUGGACGCAGGGGAAAAGGUAAAAACAAAAAGGUGUUUCAUGGAAUAAUUGGGCCUUUUGGUAAACACCUAUUUGCUUUCUUUCCGAGAGUGAGACAAGAAUAUUCGUACCACACUCGUGUCUGUCAGGUAAAUGUGAAGGAACCUUUACCAGCAGCCGGUUAGCUUAGCACAAAGAAAGGAAACCAGUUAGCAUGGCUUUCUCCAAAUGGGGCUAAUCCACCGAUCAGCAGCCCACUAAUGAACAUGUUGGAUAUUGUUUUAAUGCGUAUCGAAUGUGUAUCGACGUUGGUAGUACAGACAUGAGAGAGAGGAUUCAGUGGAGCCGGUUGUUUGAUGUUGCCAGCUCUAAAACUAGUUUAAAGUCCCGUGUCACAGGUUGGAGUGCAUCUUAAAGAAAAGUGUGCGUCUCGGUCCUGUCGCAGUGCGUUUGUCGGCCUCUGUCCUGCUCUAGUUCCUAAUUGACUGAGGACAUCGGACGGCCUCAUGAAGUAAAGACUGUGUGAUGAGCGGCUGCGGUCACCAGUAAGUCUCCGUCUGCAUCCUUCGUCUGCGUCUCGCUGCCUUUGCAAGCGGCUCCGGGGCCACAGGUCAUGUAUAUUAAACUGUUCAGCGUUCGCUGGGCAGGAGUCGAAGGGGUCCAUCACUACGUUGGGCUUUAAAGUGGCUUGUCUUUUGUCUUUAGCGUGGACUUGUUUUCUUAACUGUUUCCUUCCUCCAAAAAACGGCCUGUGUGUACUGUAUGUGAGAAGUUGUUUACAUUGUGGAAACUGAACCGCUUGUGUUUGACAAAUGAUUUUUUUUAGAAUAAAGAAAUGACCAAA